UCGACUGUAAUGGUUGACGAGGCAACACAUAUCGGGGGGAAAGUCGAGAGGGACUGUUGGGACUCAACGGUUUAGGUGCGUUUUAGACAUUGAUAUUCAGUCAUGAUAUAGUGGCAUCCUUCCUGUGUGAACUGCAGGAUUCCGCCUGGUACAUAACUAGGGAGGUCCGUGUGAAUCACUUGGAUCAUUGCACACACUGUUGCAAGCAUAACAACCUGUGAUGUAUGUCGGCAGGGUGGUCAUUGCAGUCAUUUGAGAUAAUUUUGUCUUGGGCCAAAAUAAUGCUUGUGAAGAAAACGCCACGUCAUUAAAGCAAGUGGACGCAGGGCGUUAUCUGAGUGGGACUGAAUGAGAAAGAACGUCACGCUCAAGUUCCAGGCCACAUCACAGUCUCCAAGUACACGGUGUCACAGUCACGUCGCAGAAAUAGUGACGGGACUGGAAGCAGAACACAGACAUUUUGUUACUAUGACGAGCCAGGGGUGAAAGUUUUGAGGAUAUCUCAGUCUGUAUUGUGGUACAGGCGGUGAUGUGUGCUGGGGUCAUCCACUAACACGAAGAACAAGGCCUCUGCAUUCCAGAGAAACAGAAAGUGCCGAGACGCUAUCAGCUGCACCUGAGCUUGUAACCACACAUGUAGCCAAUAUCGGAAUGUCUGUCCUGACGACGAAACAAUGUCAUCCCGUGUUGUUUAUCAGCCCUUACUUCCUCCCAUGUAAUCAGUCGGGGUGAUCCAGUCGUCGACCAACGCUCACCCUCAGCCCCCACCCCGGUAUACCACGCUGCCUGACCGUCGGACUGCCCGCCCGGACCACCAUGUGACCGCCAGACGGUGAGAAUUGAUUCCUGGAAGCAAACGUCUUCAACUUGUGGUCACACUUGAACACUCAUUACGAUGGAAGGGCAUAGUACGUUCUACACCCAAUCCCUCUACUCCCGGGACAGCUACAACACAGUUCCAACGGCCGUAGGGACAUACCCAAACACUGGCCAUGCCCCUCCUGCUUGUAUAUACGCCCGGAACUCCCCCCAGGGAGGAUAUGGGGGUCAGGCUAUGGCUGUGGUAGAGCAGUCCCACCUUCAGAAUGACUCCCCCACGGGUCUUCCACACCAACUUCAAUCUCAAGGGAUCCAGGCUCCGAUGAAUAACCCCGUCCCUGCCCACAUGCCGAACAGCAGCAUACCUAGCUCCCCCGUCUCCCAACCCACCCAGCCACCCCCUGCCCACUCCCAAGCACAGGGCCCCACCCCCCAAUCCGCACCCUCCGGCGGGGGACAAAACAGCUUACAGUUUCCGUGGAUGAAGACUACCAAAUCUCACGCUCACCAAUGGAAGGCUCAAUGGGCAGGGGCCCAGUACCCAAUUGAAGACGAGAACAAGCGAACGCGUACCGCCUACACUCGAGGCCAGUUGUUAGAGCUGGAGAAAGAAUUCCAUUUCAAUAAAUACAUUUCCCGACCACGCCGGAUAGAGCUAGCCGCCAUGUUGAACCUUACAGAGAGACAUAUAAAAAUAUGGUUCCAGAAUAGAAGGAUGAAAUGGAAGAAGGAUGAAGCAAAGCGACGCCCGGCGCCCCGCUCCACGGGGAAACCCUCCAGUCCCAUGUCCCCCACCCUCGACAGCGGGGAGGGUAGCCCGGGGGACAUGACGGACUCCCCCGAGGGUCACCUGCCCGAUGAGUUCUCCCCUGAAACCAAAGUAAUACAAAAAGAACAUAUGAAUGGUGAUGGCGAAACGAGCAAGGAUUACCAUUCAGCCACUUGAUGAUCAGUGUAGUUGUGAUCUAGAGAUUGACUUAAGACUACGUCACCAGUCAGACUAGUGAAUCGAAAAGUGCUGUGUUCAGAGGGUUGGAGAUAAACCUACCGUUUGGAGAAGAAAACGUUAACAGAUUGUGUGUUGGAUAUCGUUCGUGAUAUCUUCUUGAGACGAACUAUAUUAUCCACGGAAACUACCUGCCCAAACUGACUUCGUUUACGAAGGAGUGGCAUUGAUAUCCACGAGAAGGAAUAUUAGAUAAAACUAUUAUUAAUAUCGAAUUUCAAUUUGUGUUUUGGUUUGCCAGGUUCUGGGGCGGGACAUUCGACUGUAGAUGUCUUCUCCCACCCUGCGUGGUACAGCCCGUCGUGUGUCUGUUGUUGUCACACACUCUGGUGUGGGUGCAGUUACGGUGGCAGCCUCUAGUCAAACUGCCCAACUGUGGAACAUGAAAGGUGAAAGCUAUGCAAAUCUCAGAUGGUCAGGAGACGAGCAUUUGAACACGCUCACCACUAGCAGGAAGGCCAUCGUAAAGCUGAGAAUUGCUCUUUCGAUUCAAUGGACGAUAUAAACACUGAUAGUUUGACAUAUAAAUGUGUGUACCGUGGUGCAGCAAACUGAUUCAUUGUGGGUUUCUAUACAGCAACGUAGACUGAAACCAAGUCAGCUGAGAUACUUUGUAUGGUGGACAUUUACACAUGGCGGUUCUCACCACCAGGACAUGCAUCUGGCGGGCAAGGCUGAGUUUAGGCAUAGACGUAUGAUUUCUACCUUGUUGUGUUUCAUAAUAAACAAUUAUUGAGUAAACUAGAUACAAUACC